UCAGUGAAAAAUCCCAAAGAAACCUAGCCGUCGUCACCGUCACCGUCUCCGUCGAAUUCCCCAUUACUUACGGCCUCCGCGAGCUCUUUACUCUUCUUCAUACACUCUCUUGCCCUGUUUUUUUUUUGUUCUUCGCUACAACAGCUUUUGUGUAUCAGUUCCAGUUCUUUCUUUUAUUUAGCAGAGAGACAUAAACAUAAACAUGGGGUUACCAGAUUCAUCACAAGACUUGUCGACAGAGAUGGAAGUUGAUGCGUUCAGACGAAUCUUUCCUCUUCGUUUCUUUGAGCGUCAUCUCUCUGAAUCUCUUCGACCUGAUGCUAGACCACUUGGGAAAGCCAGAGACACCAUUGUUAACCCUGGUAAAAUAAUAUAUAACUUAACUUUGAUCAAAGUUAAGUUGUUUGAAACAUGUCACCUUGUUUGUAUUUUCUUUGUGUGUAUAGGACUUGUUUCAACCGCUGAUGGAUCUGCUCUUGCCAAGAUUGGUUCCACUACUAUGCUUGCUGCUAUUAGAAUGGAAGUUAUGACUCCUUCUACAGACUCACCAGAUGAAGGAUGCAUAGCUCUUGAGUUCCACAUGCCUCCUAUUUGUUCUCCCACUGUUCGUCCUGGAAGACCAGCUGACGCUGCUCCCGUUAUUUCAAAGCGUUUGUCUGAUACUAUUCUAAGUUCUGGAAUGAUUGAUCUUAAAGAACUGUGCUUAGUUAGUGGAAAAGCUGCUUGGAUGGGUUAUCUGGACAUAUAUUGCCUAAAUGCUGAUGGUGCCCUUUUCGAUGCUGCUCUUCUUUCUGCUGUUGCAGCCUUUUCGAAUUUGGAAAUCCCAGUUGUUGCUCUGAAUGACAAUGGAAGAAUAGUUGCCAUCAGUGGAGGAAAAGAUGAAGACAAUGCUUCGAUCAUCGAGAAAAAAGCAGUGAACAAGGAGAAGAGAAAACUUACACUUAAGAACAUCCCUUUCUCUUUAACUUGUAUACUCCACAAGAAGUACAUCUUAGCAGAUCCAACAACUGAAGAAGAGUCGAUCAUGGACACUCUUGUGACUGUUGUUUUAGAUUCCUCGGAUCAAAUGGUUUCUCUCUACAAAUCAGGAGGAACCGUUCUUGCCUACUCAUCAGCCGUCAAGAGCUGUGUGGAGUUAGCAAGGAAGAGAGCAAAGGAGCUUAAGCAGAUUCUGGGGGAGAUGGAUAUCGACUAAUAUGUCAGAUGGAAUGUGAAAAUUUUCAGAACAUUGUUUAGAAGAAUUUUGUGUUACAUAAUUUUAAUCAGACUACCAAAACCCCCAGUUAGUGCCAAAGGAAGAAGCUCUUCAUCAUUUUUGUUUCACUGUGUUACUGGUUUUGUUUCUGUUAAUGUUAGUGUUAACUGUGAAGCGUGCGAUUA